AGUCACCUUUGAGUAGACGGCCGCUUCUUAGUGUUAGAAGCACGCGCAUCUGCGUGCUCGAGCAUACAAGUACACACAAGCAGUCUGUCUCUUUCGCUUCACUUCUCCUCCUUGUUUUCUGCCCUUUUCACGGAGGGCUUUUCUCCCUCUUGGCUCCGUGCUGCGCGACGAUCGGGCCGUACAUUUUCCCCCAUCUAUUUUAAGCACAGCUGCGGCUGUUCUUGAUCCAGCUCGUCUACAUCAGGCGUUUCCUUCUUUCCUCUUCUUUCACACAUACGUUUCAAGAUUCGGGGGCUGCGUUGCCCUUUGCAUUUUUUUUUUCUCUCUUACCGGCGAAGGAGCUCCUUCAAUGAGCUUCAUCAAGAUCAACUACGAGCUGGGCAGCCUGCCCGAUUUGGAGGCCCGCGUCGCGGAAGGCAGCGUCGUCAUCGGUCGCCUGUACGUGUAUCGUGGCUACAACAACAAACUCUGCUUUGUGCGCAACACGCGCUUUCCGUGCGACGUCGUUCUCAACACGGCAGAGCAGCGAGGGCCGGCUCUGCACAACGACGUCGUCGCCGUGGAGUUGCUGCCGUGGGAGGAGUGGCCGUCGGAGCCGCAGAAGACCAUUCUUAAAGACGACGGGGAGGAGGCGACGGCAACGGUGACGGGCGGCGAUGUGGGCCCCCGAGCGAUGCCGACGACACUGCCGGAUGGGCGACACAUCAUUCAACUCAUCGCCCCUGAGACAUCGAAGGAACUCGCGAAGAAUGCUUCCGCGGAAGUUGCGCUAUCGUUGCAGAUGGACGCGCCACGCGUGUACGAGUGGCCGACCGGCUUGCGUGCGGCGGGCCGUGUGCUGCACAUCCUGUCGCGCUGCCUCUCUCGCCACCACGUCGCCCGCAUCGCGGAAAACCAAGUGCAGCCCGGGCAGAUGCUGCGCGGCGACUACUACUACCGCUUCCGCCCCAUCAACCCGCUGCUCCCUCAGCUGGCCGUCUACGGACAAGCCAUCUUGCCUCAGUACCAGGCCGACAUCAACAACUCCUUGUUUUCUCUCGCGCUGAUGGAAGACGAACAUGGCGAUGUGGUGAAGGCGCCGAUGACGAGGGACAUUCUCCUGAGUAGCGUCUUCUCUUUCCUCGGGGACUCCACAUCGACCGAAGUGGCCGGCAACGCGAUCUGCGCCAGCUGUGAAGUCCGCAACGAGCCUUUUUCCGCUGAAGCGGAGGACUGCGUUCUGAAGGACUUCGUGAUGCCGUCGCCGGAGGAACUAGCGCGAAUGGGCCGACGCGACUUGCGCAGGACGGAGUUCGUCUGCACCAUCGACCCCGCCACCGCGCGCGACCUCGACGACGCACUGAGCAUCCGACGACGCCCAGAUGGGGGCUACCACGUCGGUGUUCACAUCGCGGAUGUGUCGUUCUUCGUGUCGCCCGGCACCGCCCUCGAUGAGGAGGCGCAGAUGCGCAGUAACUCGACCUAUCUGGUUGACCGCGUCAUCGCGAUGCUGCCGUCGCGGCUGAGUGAGCAGUACUGCAGCUUGAACCCAAGCGAGGACAAGUUUGCCUUCUCGGCGCUCUUCGAGUUUGACCGCGCCGGCGACCUCAUCUCCGAGGCGGUGACCGGGGAGUCUCCUGAGUGGUUCGGCCAGAGUGUGAUCCGCAGCUCCUGCCGCCUUGCCUACGAGCAGGCCCAGCAGAUUCUGAACGACGACGACGCCGUCGAGCUCGACGUGAGCGGGGCAGCCGCCUACUUUGGCCUGUCGGAGCAGCAGGUGCGGAGCAAAGUCAAGAAGAGUGUGAAGCUGCUGUUCGAAUUGGCGACGAAGCUGCGCCGGAAGUCGUUUGACGACGGUCGGCUUGUCCUGGGCAACACCCGCCUGGGCUUCCGCUUUGACAAGGACAGGAUAAACGCUCCGCCGAUCGGCUUCUACGUGCAGAAGCAGAUCGAGGCGAACUGGCUGGUGGAGGAGUUCAUGCUGUUUGCGAAUCAGCGCGUGGCGCAGAAGGUGGUGCAGUUUAUACCGAACGGCGCACUGCUGCGUCGGCACAAGGCGCCGAGCUCGCACAAAAUGAACUUGUUCCGCGCCGCACUCGCCCAACACGGCCUGCCCACGGGUGGGAGCACCGGUCAGGAGCUGCAGCGACUGAUGGACACCAUCAAGAGGGACCACGCCGACGUCUACUACACCGUGUGCGAGUUGCUGAAGUACUCGUUGAUGGCAGCGGAGUAUUUGGCCAACGACCCAGCUGAGAAGGAUGUGCGUUCGCACUUUGCUGUGGCGGCGCCGUGGUACACCCACUUCACCUCCCCCAUCCGCCGCUACUGUGACUUGAUGGUGCACCGCCAGCUGCUGGUGGCGCUGGAGCUGGAGCAGCGCAUGAAGGCGGCGCAGCUCGAGGUGCCGCGCAUACCAGACCCGUCCGGCCAGGUAAAGCCCGGUGAAGAAAUCUUUGACGCCACCCGCACCAUCGCUGUGGACACGCUCGCGACGAAAGGGCUGUACUAUCCUCAGUCGCAGGUGGAGCUCAUGGUGACGCACGCGAACCAAUGCCGGCUCAACUCCAGGGCUGCAGGCGACAUGUCCGUUGAGUUCUUCUUCUGCCUGUAUCUGACCGCGCUGAAGAAGCGUGUGAGGGAGGACCCACAGAUGCCGCAGCAAAUCUGUACGUCUGCAUCCAUUGUGAAGAUCACAGACGGUAGCUUCUUUCUCUUCAGCAGCGAGAUUGCCACCGAGGUGGAGAUUGGCUUCAAGGACACGCACCAGACCUUCAUCUUUCAGGGAAUGGUGCCGCAAGAGGGAAAGUCCGGCAGCGGAGCUGGCAAGCCGGAGACAGAGGAAGGCAAGACGAUCAACCUGAAGGCAAAGACCCACGCACGCAAGAAGGGCGGCAAGAGCACGAUGACCUCGUCUUCUGAUAAGGGAGGCAGGGGCGAGAAGAUGCGCCCGUCGAGCAACGUCACUACGACCUUUGCAGCUUGCUUCUCUUGGGGAAAGCCCCCACACGCCGCCGCCGCUUCUGACAUCCAGCAAGACGGCGACAUCAGCGAAACGACGGAGGUCUUCCGGCUUUUUACGGAGUUCGUCGUGGAGCUCAAGACGGUGGUGAAGCAGGGGCGGCUGUGCUUAGAAAUGAUUGUGCUGCCGCCGUGGGAGCGGGAGGCCGCCCGUCUGGCGUGUCCACAGGUACCCACGAGCAUUGUGGAGGAAGCGUAA